CUUCCGGUAAAUUUUAGCGUAGUGUCAUUUUGUUAUGAAUCUCAAUUUUAUAGUCUAAAAGCCUCAGUCAAGAUUGAAAUCACCUAUUUAAGGCCCAGAAAAUGACAACACUGUCUCCUUUUACACCCCCUAUCGUCAAGCGUUUGUUGGGGUGGAAAAAAGGAGACAGUUCUGAAAGGGAUGACAAAUGGAGUGAAAAGGCCGUCAAAAGUUUGGUAAAAAAACUGAAGAAAACGGGAGGUCUUGAUGAAUUGGAAAAGGCAAUCACCAGGCAGGACGAAUCAACAAAAUGUAUAACUAUACCAAGAUCAUUGGACGGCCGAUUACAAGUGUCUCAUCGUAAAGGUUUACCCCACGUGAUAUAUUGUCGUUUAUGGCGAUGGCCUGAUCUUCAGAAUCAUCAAGAGUUAAGAGCAGUGGAUGGUUGUGAAUAUGCCUUCCAUUUGAAGAAGGACGAAGUGUGUGUUAAUCCAUAUCACUACACACGUGUAGAAGCUCCAGUCCUGCCACCAGUAUUGGUCCCACGUCACAAUGAUAUACCUGACAACUUACCACAACUAGAAAACUAUGCCAUGACAGUGCCUGAAAAUACAGACUUUCCAAGUGGUAACAGUGAAGUCUUUAAUAUACCUGAUACCCCUCCUCCUGGGUACAUGAGUGAGGAUGGUGACAACACAGACACACAGGGCAUGGAUGGUGUGGAUGUUUCUCCAAGUUCUCCUCUUGAUGCAGAACCAGUCACUUACAAGGAGCCAGCAUUUUGGUGUUCCAUUGCGUAUUAUGAACUAAAUAAUCGUGUUGGGGAGACAUUUCAUGCUUCAAUGCCCUCGUUGACGGUAGAUGGAUUCACUGAUCCGUCAAACUCGGAGAGAUUCUGUCUUGGUCUGUUGUCUAACAUUAACAGGACACAACAAGUGGAAAUGACAAGGAGACAUAUUGGUAAAGGUGUGAGGCUAUAUUACAUAGGAGGAGAGGUGUUUGCUGAGUGUCUGAGUGAAAGUGCUGUUUUUGUACAAAGUCCUAAUUGUAACCAAAGAUAUGGUUGGCAUCCUGCUACAGUAUGUAAAAUACCACCAGGAUGUAAUUUAAAGAUUUUUAACAACCAAGAAUUUGCUGCAUUACUUGCCCAGUCUGUCAAUCAAGGAUUUGAAUCUGUUUAUCAACUAACUCGCAUGUGUACUAUUCGUAUGAGUUUUGUCAAAGGAUGGGGAGCUGAGUACAGACGACAGACUGUGACCAGUACGCCAUGUUGGAUAGAGAUUCAUCUCAAUGGACCACUACAAUGGCUGGACAGAGUGUUGUGUCAGAUGGGGUCACCGGGACUGCCAUGUUCUAGUAUGUCAUAGGUCGGAAGGUCAAAAGGUCAAAAUAGUCAUCAAAUGAACUGAAAAGUGGCAUUGUUAUGUUGAAUCGUUAUUGACAAAGUCAUGAAAAAGGUUGUAACUCUUUUGUAAUGGAGAUAGAAAAGUUGUUAACUGCUCUCUAUAGAUGGAGGUAGAAAAGUUAGAAUAGUCAUGUGCUUUGUAUGUGUUACCCCUGUAUUUUAUUGUAUAUCAUGUGGCUGAUCAUUUUAUAUAUACAUUAUACAUCAUUAUGAUUUCUCAUUGUUCAAAGAGAAAACUUGGAACCCUGGCUUAAUUUAUAAUUUUUUUUACUUUUUUUUUUAGCUCUCUUGUCAUUUUGGAUGUAAUUGCUGUUAAAAAAACAUUUGGAGUGGAGGAAUACAUUUGUUGGCUUGAAUUUAACUAUGCACUUAAAUUGCCCCUUUAUGAAAAUGUUCAACUGAAAAUAAAAAUUCACAUUUAUUUAAUAUGAGAAUGUCAUUGUGGUAGUUAAACUUCUGGUAAUUAAAGUGUCAAAGAAAUCUUUUCACAUAAUGAGGAAUUUAAAUAUAUAAGAUGAUUGCUAUACUUCUGUAAGUGGGAGGUUAUUAGAGCAGCUAAGAAUGAAUACUGAACUAUGACUUCAGUAAAUGGGAGGUUAUAAGAAGAGCAAGGGUUCCUUGGUUUUAAUAAAUAGCUAUUAAAUUAGUAUGUUCAUAGAUUGCAUGUUUUUAAAUUGUGUAAAUUAAGAUAUUUUAAAACAGAAAUUUAUUGUCAUUUUUUAUAAUGUUUUUUUUAAUUUCAUUUUCAAGCUGUGAUCAGUGAAAUGAGAUAAGAUACCAAGAUGUUGACAGAAUUGUUUAUUUUUUAGAAAGUACUGAUUUUUUUCACUUAAGGAUGUACUUAGGUGAGGUUUUGGAAUUUGUGUCAAAUGUUUGUACUCCUUGGUGUUUUUCCAUACAAUACAAGUCUAAAUAGCUCAUGAAAGGUAAUUUACCAAAAUUUUAGAAGAUUCUUGAUUUUUUUUCUUUUGUUUUGAAACCCAAUAAUACCAAUGCAAAUAUAAGGUAAAAGGCAGAAUCAGCCUUUUCCCCCGCCAUAUUUUAAAUCUCAAAUAUCUUAAAAAGAAGGUCCAUGACCUAUAAAUAUUUUUAGCUUAUUUUUAUCCUUAAUUGAUGCUCUAACAGCUUAAAGUAUCAAUUUUAACUUCUUAAUUUAUUAAUUUUUGACCUAACCUCACCUAAGUUCAUCCUUAACAGUUUCUUUUAUAGGGAUAUACAAUGUUUGGUGGUAUAUAUCUCCCAAUGUUAAACUGUCCAUGUAUUUUAAACUUAAAUUGAUGUUGUAAAUUGACCACCAACAGGCCAGUCUGCUUCUCUUAAAAUGAAUAGUUUUCUUCAUUUCAAGCUUUAUAGAUAUAUAGGAAGAUGUGGUGUGAGUGCCAAUGAGACAACUCUCCAUCCAAAUAACAAUUUAAAAAAGUAAACUGUUAUAGGUGAAUGUACGGCCUUCAAGAAAAGAGAAUCUUUUGCAAGAAUAGAACAGUAAUAUGUAUAAUUACAAAAAAGAAAAACAAAUAGCCUUGAAUGAUAUAUUGUUCAUGAAAAAUUAUUAACAUUUAUACCAAUGGAAAACAAUGGAUGUAGUUUCAUUUGAAAUAUAGGGAUUAUUAUAUAAAAUUAAAUAUAGAGAUCAAGAUUGGAUUACUAUUUACCAAGGGUCAAAAGAUCAUGCUAUGGAAGCAAUAUGAAUAAGAAUAACUUUUGUGAUAACAGUAAAAGCUGCAUAAAAUGUGCAACAGAUUUUGGAAUGGCAAUUCUCAUCUAAAUUGCAAGACUCAGCCAGUCACAUUGAAAAUCUUGCAAGAAUUUCUGAAUUUACAGUAGUUACCUAGCUAAUUAUCAUAGCACUUAAAAUUCCGGGUUUCAUGUGCCAAGAAAAUCAAAUAAACAGAGGGUAGUUAAAAUUAUUUAAAUCCAUUGGCUGUUUGGUUGAUUUGUUUAAAGAACU